AUGUUUGGACAGUUUGAGCAGAGAAGGAUUGCGAAGGUGGUGGAAGAAAUUAUGGCGUCAGGUGAUGACUGGGAUGCUGCGAAGAUGUUUGAUAUGUAUCUGCAUGAUUAUUUGGUGAAAAAGAAGAUGCAUAAGACUGCUGCAAUUUUCAAGAAGGAGGCCGAUAUUUGUGACAAUCCUGUUGUGAUUGAUGAUUCUCCUGGAGGAUUCUUAUUCGAAUGGUGGUCAAUAUUUUUUGAUGUAUAUGCCUUUAGGCAACUGGAGCCUCAGUAUGCCGAGGCAGAGGGUUUGGUUAAGGCUACCCAAAUGACCGAGAAUGAGCAACAAAAAAUCAAUUUAACAAUGUCACAGUUAGUGAUGAACCAGCACAGGCCCGGACAGUUAACUGUGACUCCUGACCUUGAUAAUACAUAUGGGCUACCAGCUGCUUGUCUGUUGACUGCGAAAAUGUAUGAGGAAGAGCGUCUUAAGCAUCCUACUGGAAAUUUUGACCCCAAUUUAUGUUCACUUGAUGCUAACAAACUGAGACUCCCAAAUUCAGCCGCAAUCAGUUUAAGCCAUCCACAGCAACAAAUUCCUGAGCAGGCUCAACAGCUGGUUGUGAGAGAAAAUAGAAAUGUCAUUGGAAUGGAGAGAACUGUACCUAUGGAUUCCAUGCUGUAUGGAAUACCAAAAAUGAAGCUCCCAAUUACCGGACCACCUGAUGCAGGGAUGCAUGAGGGAAUCAAUUCAGCACCACUGGAUGGAUGGCCUUUAACUGCACUAAACUCUCAGCAACAUUUUCAGAUGUUGGCACCAGAACUUAAGAAAGCACUUUUGGCUCAAGUACUGACACGUAUGCAUAGAAACGAGAUAUCAACUUUUCCUGGAAGCGCGUCCAAUUUUGAUAGUCCAAAUCUGAUGCUUGACAAAAUGGAAUUAUCUGCAAAGGAUCGACAGGUUAGCGGAAACAAUGACUUUCAAGUUCCAGAUGAUUGGUUUCCCUAUUUAUCAAAGAAGCUGGAGUUGAUGAUGGUCCAAAUGAAACAAACUGCAGAGGACCAGUGGAAACAUGAUCAACUAGAGCAGCAGCUGUUCCUAGAGAAUAACAGAAAGAGUCAGACAAGGUCAUAUUCAAGAGCUGCAUACAAUAUAGUGAAUCAUAUAAAUGCCGACAGUCAACCUAUCGAUGUUGAAUCUUAUUUGUCCCAUAAUGAUGAAAAUGCUGGUUGUACAAGUACUCCUUUCGGCAGUUUAAAACACCAUUCUAUAGCUUGCACUAAAGAUGAACAUGAAGUACGCUUCACAUUUGAAGAGGUUGUUACUCUCCACUCAAGCAAAAACAAGGUGUUGUGCUGCCAUUUUUCAUCAGAUGGGAAGUUAUUAGCUAGUGCGGGGCAUGAAAAUAAGGUUUCCAUUUGGAACAUGGAAACUUUGGGUUCCAUUAAUACAUCAGAAGGGCAUUCUCUUCUCGUUUCAGAUGUUCGGUUUAGACCAAGUUCAAUUCUUUUUGCAACAUCUUCCUUUGACAGAACUGUGAAAAUAUGGGAUGCAGCAAGGCCAAGUGAAUCAUUGUGCACGCUUCUUGGGCAUGCCGAACAAGUAAUGUCAGUGGAUUUCCACCCAAGAAACUUGGACCUCUUCUGCUCCUGCGAUAGAAGUAAUGAGAUCCGACUAUGGAGUGUCUCUGGAAAUGUUUGCAAACGCAUCUCUAAGGGAGCUACUAAACAAGUCAGAUUCCAGCCACAAUUGGGAAAGCUUUUGGCCACUGCUGCAGGAAACAGUAUCCAUGUAAUUGAUGUAGAGACUGACUGCCUCCAAUUCUACUUUAAGGGACAUGUCGAAGAUAUACUUUCAAUUUGCUGGGACAUAAGUGGGAAGUAUAUUGCAUCUGUUAGUGGAGAUAGUGCACGAGUUUGGUCAGCUGUGUCGGGUGGAAAAUGCAUACAUGAACUUCGUUCAAAUGGCAACAAAUUCCAGUCAUGCACCUUUCAUCCUGGAUAUUCACAGCUCUUGAUCAUUGGUGGUUACCAGUUUCUCGAGAUAUGGAAUCCAACUGUGAACAACAAUACAUUGUCCAUUCCAGCUCACAAUGGAAUAAUUGCUGCACUAGCAGACUCACCACAGACUGAAAUGGUUGCCUCAGCAAGUCAUGACCACUGUGUGAAGUUAUGGAAAUGAUGCUUCUCUGUAUGCACUUUCCCUGCACCCACAUGUGAAAAUGUGCUGGUUUUGUAAAACAUUUCGUCGAUCCAGAUAGAGGCAAAAUCUGCAUAACAGCUCGGACUUCAAUCGCCAGGAGCUAAGUGCCGUGGCCAGAGAUAAAGCUUUUCUUAUAGUCUCAUACAUGAAACCCCUUAAAAGAUGGGUAUACUCGUUUUCAAAUCUGUAGAGCUAUAGAGGUACAGCUUACUGUUUCAGACUCACUGAA